AUGCUGAUCCAAGAAUCCCACGUCGACGUGCCCACAACUGCCGACGGCAAGGGCAGCACCAUGCUUACUGGUCCAGUUGCUCGGUUCGCUCGCCAGAUAGCCGGGCAGGGAUACAUUGUUGCGGCGCCGUCCUCAUACCAUGACUUUGUUGGGCCGGAGCCGUUAAAGUACGACGCGGAGGACACGGACCGCGGCAACAAGUUCAAGAUUGAAAAGACGCUCGACUCGUACGAUGCCGACUCGUGCGCAACCGUCGACCACCUCCUCUCCCUUCCCACCUGUACCGGUCUCAUCGGCUCAACCGGCAUGUGUCUGGGCGGCCAUCUAGCUGUGCGAGCUGCCCUUGACCCCCGCAUAACCGCCUGCGUAUCCUAUUUUGCCACGGACAUUCACAGCCGCACCCUCGGCCCCUACGCCGCAGCAAACUCGUCCCCGUCUCCGCCCGCAAACUCCAACCACACCAUAGACCUCUUGCCCAGACUGGGCGGGGAGGUUGCCAUGAUCUUUGGUGUCAAGGAUACCCACGUCCCCGACCAGGGCCGUGACCUGAUUCGCAGCAAGCUCCGUGCCACAGGUUGCGUCUUUAGCUUUCACGAAUUCGCCUGGGCCCAACAUGCCUUCAUACGGGACGAGCUGAGCAAGGGGCGGUACGACCCAGCUGUCACCAAGAUUUGUUUUGAGGUUUUGCUGGAGUUGUUCGGCAGAGUUCUGAAGACUGAUCUGGGCCAGAAGCACGGGAACGUUGCGCCUCCAGAGCACGUGUGCUAG